GACCCGAACAGACCCAAAAGACCAACCUCUGCUUAUUUCUUCUUCAUUCAGUUGGAGAGAGAAGCAGCUGUAAGAAGAGGGGAAAAGAUUUCUCGUGUCGCAGAUUGGACAAAACAGGUAUCGGCCAAGUGGAGAACGUUGUCGUUGGAAGAGAAAGCCAACUACCAACGACUGGCUGCAUCUGAUAAAAUCAGAUAUUCUCAACAGGCAGGGAUUAUUUUCUAUCAAUUUUAUUCAAUUGUUGCAGAUUACAAUGGCAAGAAUAGGAACCGACCAAAGAGGCCACAAUCUGCUUAUAUCAUUUGGCUCGGAGAUUUUAGAGCACAAAUGAAAAACAGAUUUGCAGAACAUAAAGAUUUACUUAGAGCCGCUGGUGAAGCCUGGCGAAAAAUGACACCAGUCGAUAAGAUGCCAUACGAUCGAUUAGCUCAGCAGGAGAAGCAAAAAUAUGGAGAGGCACUCAAGGGAUACAACUUUGUAAGAAGCUAUAAGGCUGCUGAUGUUUGUCAUUCAUUCAUUAUGCUUUUUAUUUCUUUCCACACUAGUUAUACAUAA